CUUAUUUUUUUAUUUUUAACGUGAUACUAACGUGAUAUCUACAAAUUUCAUUUGACUUAAUUAAAUUUGAAAGACUUCCGAGAUUCUGUCAUAAACUAGCAAUUCUUCGUGCGCAGUGACUCACGCAAGUUAAUCUAUAGUAAACUGCAAUUUUGAUCAAUUUUGAUUGCAUUUUAUUGCAUUUGGUAUAAACAUUUUUUUCGAGAAAGAAAAUAAAUAAAAAAGAAUUUACGCAAAUAACUGAAUGAAUAAGAAAAAGUCUAACGAUAUCGAAUAUUCUUUUUGCCGUAUUUUUGAGGUUACUGGCCUCCACGUUUUGCAUUUUAUUCGUGUUCCAACAGCGAAAUGUGCCGGCUGAUGUAACAGGUAGAUUAAUAAGAAACAUACAAAGAUACGAUAAAAAAUAUCAAGGAUUUACUUGAUUACAUUGAUAUUAUUGUAAAAUAAAAAUGCCAACUAUUGGAAUAAAACGAGAUUUACUCUUUCAAGCAUUGGGUAGAACGUAUUCUGAUGAUGAAUUUCAAACAUUGUGCUUCAAGUUUGGCUUAGAACUAGAUGAAGUAACAACAGAGAAGCAAAUGAUAGCAAAAGAACAAGGCACUAUCCAAGAUAUAGAUGCCUCUGAAGAAAUUAUCUAUAAAAUUGAUAUACCUGCUAACAGAUAUGAUCUUCUAUGCUUGGAAAGUUUAAGUGUUGGAUUGCUUAUAUUUUUGAAUAAAAUGUCCAUUCCAUGUUAUAGAGCGCUCAAACCAAAAAAAGGAAUGGAAAGGAUUGUGAUGACUUCAGAGUGCUUAAAAAUAAGAGAACAUAUAGUUGCUGCGAUUCUGCGAAAUGUUACUUUGACACAAGAAUCUUACAAUAGCUUCAUUGAUCUUCAAGAUAAAUUGCAUCAAAACAUAGGAAGAAAACGUACUCUUAUAUCCAUUGGCACUCAUGACUUGGAUACAAUUAAAGGACCAUUUUUAUAUGAUGCUAAACCACCAUCAGAGAUACGUUUCAAACCUCUUUAUCAAGAUAAAGAAUAUACAGGAGAAGAAAUUAUGCAAUUAUAUGCAACACAUGCACAGCUCAAGCAAUAUUUACCCAUCAUAAAAGAUAGUCCAGUUUAUCCUGUAAUAUAUGAUAGUAAUGGAGUUGUUUUAUCUCUCCCUCCUAUCAUCAAUGGAGAUCAUUCAAAGAUUACACUUGAUACAAAAAAUAUUUUUAUUGAAUGUACAGCGACUGAUCUCACCAAAGCGAGGAUAGUAGUGGAUACUAUAGUUUGUGCUUUCAGUCAUUAUUGCAAAAUGAAAUAUACAGCGGAAAUUGUGGAAGUAGUUUAUCCUGACGAUCAAACUUUUUAUUAUCCCGAUUUAAAAUAUCGGAUGGAAAAAGUUGACUAUAAUAAAGCAAUCAAUUACAUUGGUAUUAAGCAGACACCAGAAGAAGUUGCACAAUUAUUGUCAAAGAUGUCUCUAAAAACCGAGGUAAAAGAUAAAAAUACGUUAAUGGUAGAAAUACCACCAACGAGGCAUGAUGUAAUACAUCUGUGUGACAUUUAUGAGGACAUUGCCAUUGCCUAUGGGUAUAACGAAAUAGAGAAAGUCAUGCCGUACGUGUCAACAAUUGCAGCAGAGUUUCCACUCAACAAACUUAGUGACCAAAUACGAAUAGAAUUAGCCCAAGCAGGAUUCACCGAAGCGCUAACUUUCUCUUUGUGUUCACGUGAAGACAUCGCUGAUAAAUUAGGAUAUAAAAUAGAUGAUGUACCAGCGGUUCAUAUAUCUAAUCCAAAAACUUUGGAAUUUCAGGUCGCACGUACUUCACUCUUACCAGGAUUACUUAAGACAAUUUCGGCGAAUAAAAAAAUGCCUUUACCGCAUAAAUUAUUUGAAGUUUCCGACGUCGUAUUGCGGGACAAUACGGCGGAAGUCGGUGCGCGCAACAAUCGUUGUUUGUGCGCAGUAUAUGCUAAUAAAUCGGCUGGUUUUGAAAUAAUUCAUGGCCUAGUGGAUAGAAUAUUAUUAUUAUUAGAUGUACCUUGGAGCAUGAAUAAAAUCGAAGAUGGAUAUUAUUUGCGUGCAGCUGAUGAUCCGAUGUUUUUCCCUCAACGAUGCGCCGAGAUUAUCUGUUAUGGUGACGUGAUAGGAAAAAUGGGAGUUUUACAUCCUGAUGUACUCUCAAAAUUUGAAUUAAAUAUUCCAUGUUCUAUGAUGGAAAUAAACAUUGAACCAUUUUUGUAACAGAAAUAAUUUGCAAAUGGAAAAAUUACAGAUAUUAAUAGUGAAUUCAAAAUAUAGCUUCUAUAACGAGUCAAAUUUACAUAUUUAAA